AGAACAAAGAAAGGCACUACAUCGAAUUCAUGGUCAAGUUUAUGACAGCCUUGUAAUAGGCAGUAUGGAGAACAUGGCAAAAGAACCAGAAUGCUACGAGUCAGGAACUGAUCGCCACGCUACACAUUGCACGUCGGAAUGAUUUUGAAAUGGGACUUCCGGAUUGGGCAAGAUGGCGGCGCCCAAAGAACAGCGUGGUAGUUUCUAAAGCGGAGGGGUUCUUCCUCUGAUACUUAUCCGGAAUGGCUGGGCUUACUCUGUUUGUUCGCGGCCUCCCUGCUGCUGCUACCAAUGAAGGACUGGAGCAGCUUUUUAGUGAAACUGGCCCCGUCAGACAGUGCUUCGUGGUUAGAGAGAAAGGGACUGAAAAAUGUCGUGGAUUUGGGUAUGUUACAUUCUCCAUGCUGGAAGAUGCUCAGCGAGCGAUGAAGGAGAUUAAGAGCUUUGAUGGAGGCAAAAUAGAGGUCACAGUUGCCAAAAAGAAGCUGCGGGAGAAAGAUAAGAAAACAAAAAAGAAAGAGGAGACCAAAGAAUGCAAGCCCAAUGAAGAAACGAAUAAUGUGAAGAAGCCUAAACAGAUGAAAACUCAACACAAAAAGGCCAGGCUGAUUAUCCGAAAUUUGAGUUUUAAGUGCUCUGAAGAUGAUGUCAAGAAACAUUUCUCUACAUUUGGAACCGUGCUGGAAGUCAACAUGCCUACCAAGCCAGAUGGAAAGUUACGAGGGUUCGCAUUUGUACAGUUUAAGAAUAUGCUAGAAGCCAGUAAGGCUUUGAAAGGCACAAACAUGAAGAGCAUUAAAGGUCGGACAGUUGCAGUGGACUGGGCAGUUGCAAAGGAUAAGUACACUGCUACACAGGAAACAGCUACUCCAGAAGGAAAAAAGGAAAGUGGCCAAAAAGAUGUGACUGCUCAGAGUGACAGUGAGGUGGAGGAGGAGCAGAAAGACCAAGAGGACAAUUCAUCAGAUGGGAAACAAGAUGCUGACGAUUCAGAGGUAGAACAGUCUGAGGAGGAUGAAGAGGAUAGUGAAGAUGAGCCAGAAAAGCCAGAAACUAAAAGCCAGGAAAAAUCAGUCAAGAAGUCUCAGUAUCCCAAAGACUCUAGUAGUGAUGAGGAUGAUGAGGAUGAUGAGGAUGAUGAGGAGGAUGAUGAGGAUGAUGAGGAUGAUGAGGAAAAAGCAGCAAGUACAGACUCUGAGGAUGACGACGAGGAUGAUGAUUCAGAAGACUCAGACAUCAAAAGCAAAAAGAAAGGUAAAAAAGAAAAAACAAAAAAAAGAACUUUGCCAUCUGAUGUUGGUCAAGGGAAAACGCUGUUUAUCAGGAACUUGUCCUUUAAUUCUGAGGAAGAGGAUCUGGAGAAGUUGCUACUUUGCUUUGGAAAUCUUAAAUAUGUCCGAAUAGUGGUACACCCUGAGACUGAGCACUCUAAAGGCUGUGCCUUUGUUCAGUUUGUGGAUAAAGCAGCAGUUGAGAAGUGCCUAGCAGUUGCUAAAGACGAAUCUGAGAAAGGUGGUCUUCAACUGGAUGGCAGAAAGUUAUUGGUGGAUCUUGCAGUGACUAAGGAAGAAGCUGUGAAAUUACGAGAAAAAAAGGUUAAAAAACCAACAGGAGUUAGAAACCUGUAUCUGGCCAGAGAAGGAAUGAUUCGGGAAGGAACUAAACCUGCAGAAGGAGUAAGUGCGGAGGAUUUGGCCAAAAGAGCUCGGUUUGAAGAAACCAAGCGCCAGAAACUGAAGUUACAGCAUAUCUUUGUCUCGAAGACCCGUCUGUGUGUUCACAAUAUUCCUAAAUCUGUGGAUGACAAAAAGUUACGGCAGUUGUUUCUAAAAGCAGCUGGAGGAGGACGAUCCAUUAAAAUAAAGGAGUCUCGGGUAAUGAGGGAUCUGAAAGGUGUUGGAGGAAACCAUAAGGGUCAGUCUUUGGGUUAUGCGUUUGUGGAGUUUUCUGAGCAUGAACAUGCUCUGACAGCACUAAGAAACGUCAACAACAACCCAGAAUACUUUGGCCCAAAGAAGAGGCCAAUUGUUGAGUUCUCCUUGGAGGACAUGAAUAAGCUGAAGUUAAAGGAAAAAAGGACACAGAGAAGCCUGGAGGUGCUGAGACAGAAGGAGGCUAAAGCUCAGGCCUUUGGUGGUGGUCAGCCAGUUCAAGCAAACGUCAAUAAAAAAACACCUGGAAAAGGAGUCACCCCUGCAACAAAAUCUGGUGCAACCACUGGGAAAAAAGGACCCAAUAAACCUGAAAAAGCUGUAACUGCAUCUGUUGCUCAGCCAGCAAAAGGCAAGACGACGGAGGCUACCCCUAAUAAGGUACAAUCUGCAGCGACAGAUCCUCAGAGGCCACCCAAGAGAGCAUUGCCUGAUAAUACAAAUAAAGUGUUAUCAACACAAAAGCAGGAGGAGAAGAGAGCAACUGAAUCUACAUCAUGGUCUGGCUUCAAAACGAGAGACGAAGUGGAAUAUGAGGAGCUAUCCGAUGGGAAGAAGAGGAGGAAAGUCCUACCAAUGCCUUCUCAUAAAGGUCCCAAAAUAAGGCACCGUGAUAAGGGCAAGGUUCAGCAGCUGCCCCCAAAGAAACCAAAAUCUCAAGGAGUAAGCCGGAAACAGCAACGUCAAGUCUUGGGAGCAAAACAGGCACCUACCAAGAAGAAACCACCAAGUAAGAACCAGGCAGAGACUCGUUUUAACCAACUUGUGGAACAAUAUAAGCGCAAAAUCCUUGGGAAGUCCAGUGCCCAAACUCCCAUCAAAAGGAGCAAGUGGUUUGAAGAUUGACCUUCUGCAUAUGUGAUGGACCUUACGAUCAGAAUUACUUUUGCCAAUCCUGAGCCUGUCACAUGGAAAUAACAUUUAUUACAUUUGUCUUUGUCCGAGCUGUAUUUGGUCCAGAACAAAGGCUGUGAUAUCUUUUUACCAUUAUGUGGUCAAUCAAGGACCUCUGACAGAUAUAACAUUGUGUGUAGUGUUUGUAAACCCUCUCAGGCCUCUCUUACUGGGUUAUUUUCCAUAGCUUUGGAGCUGUUAACUUUCGAGAUAUACAAUUACAUUCUCAU